AGUAAGGGUUAUUCUAACCUUCGUGUUAUAUAGGGACAGUGACCUGAAAAGCGAGAGCAUCAUCGAUCCAAAUUCAAACAUCGUAAGAAACAAAAUUGAAACAUAUAUCUAUGCAAUUUUGAAUCCGACCAUUUUGUUUGUUAUAAAUAUUAACGAAAAUGUUAAAAAGCUGCGGUAAGAAAUGUGCAGUCUCCACAGUAGCGGCAACUAUAUUCACCUGCCUUGUGGUGCUCCUGAUAGCGGCACCGCACCAAAGAGUCCAGGUAGAAGAGAAGCAGAUUGGAAGAGAUGGGAUGCGGUCACUGCAAAGCCUGGAUAACUUUGGGGCAAAUAAUGGCGCGCAGGCGGACCAAAGCCAGCCUCGGGACAAUUCAAAGACGGGGCAAGUGAACGGAUUUUCGGCAUAUUUCACUAAGUUGACUCGAGGCAGGAGGGAAGUGGAGACACCAUCGCAAGCCAAGGCAGCAGUGGAAGCGCCCCCCGCAGAAGACAUCAACCCGAAUGAUAUCUUCAUCGCAGUCAAGACAACCAAGAAGUUCCAUCAAUCCCGACUGGAUCUUCUUCUUGAUACCUGGAUCUCCAGAAACAUGCAACAGACAUACAUCUUCACUGACGGGGAGGAUGAAGAGCUUAAGAAAAAGAUUGGAAGUCACGCCAUCAACACCAACUGCUCCGCUGCCCACAGCCGACAGGCGCUCUCCUGCAAGAUGGCGGUGGAGUACGACAAAUUCAUAGAGUCCGGCAAAAAGUGGUUUUGCCAUGUGGAUGAUGAUAACUACGUGAACAUGCGGACUCUGGUGAAGCUGCUGUCCCACUACCCUCACACUCAGGACGUCUACAUUGGCAAGCCCAGCCUAGACCGGCCCAUCGAGGCCACUGAGAGACUCGGGGACAACAAGAUGAGACCCGUCAAUUUCUGGUUUGCUACGGGAGGAGCAGGUUUCUGCGUGAGCCGUGGCUUGGCUCUGAAGAUGAGUCCAUGGGCAAGUGGCGGCCAUUUCAUGAACACCGCUGAGAAGAUCCGCCUGCCGGACGACUGCACCAUCGGCUACAUCAUCGAGUCGGUGCUGGGGGUCAGGCUGAUCCGCAGCAACCUGUUCCACUCUCACCUGGAGAACCUGCAGCAGGUGCCCAGGUCUGAGCUGCACAAACAGGUUACACUGAGUUACGGAAUGUUUGAGAACAAAAGGAAUAUCAUACACAUGAAGGGGGCUUUCACGGUGGAGGAGGACCCGUCCAGGUUCAGGUCUGUGCACUGUCUGCUGUACCCGGACACUCCCUGGUGCCCCUCCCACGUUGUCUAUUAACGGCGACGGCCUCCUUCGUUGGUAUCCUCGUCCCUGACGGCCUCGGUAUCUGAAAGGCCUGCGGGACCCAUGUGGUAUUGGGCCGCUUGGUCGCUGUGUUUUUGCCACAGCGACGCACGGUCUCCAUUCGUUUUAUUGGGCUGCUGUGCGGUCCGCAGUUUCGGUUAUGGACUCUCCCUUCCCGGUCAGCACGUGACCACCCCCCACCCCUCACCCCAACGCGCGGGGAGGCAGGGGCUGCAUGCCUCUUGGGAAGGGGCUCCCAGCAUUGCGCUGUACAGGCAAUCUACCAUGCUUCAUACGUUGUAAAUUUUGCUUGUGUUAUUUGCAAUUCUCAUAGAAUGUACUUUUAUAUUCGCAUGCCCCUUUUGUGCCAGCUUUUACCCACUACUGUUCUUUCCAUUUUCUUUAUUGCCGGUAUUAUUCUUCUUAUAAUUACUAUUGCUGAUUUUAUACAUUCCAUCACCAGAGUCAUGGAAGCUGUUUAGUAUUUUAUCAGAGGACUCUGUAGCAAUUAUCAAAGAUGAUGUAGACAGAAAUGGGGACUCAAUGUAUUUUAAAGUCUUUUAUUGUAAUGUUUUAUUUUAUUUUGUAGACUCCGGACAAAAUUAAUGAGGUGAAGUUUUUCUUUAUUUGGUGCUAUCUCAGUAUUAUGAUUUGUGAGUUGCGCUGGUGAGAGGGAGUUUCCUGGAUGUACUCUCAGGUGUUUUUCUCUGAGGUAUGCCAUGGUAGAGCACUUUUCCCCCCAAAUGAAUGUUUUGGCCUGUUAUGAGGCAAUUCUCUGCUAAUUUCGAAAGAAAAGUUAUCCCAGAUAUGAACCAUUUCUGUAGACUUUAUUAUAUUUAAUGCCAUUUAUUGCAAUAUGAAACAAUCUUGGGAAAAAUGAGUAAUAUAUUAGCAAUGAUCAAAAUGAAUCCUACAAUCAUCUUGUGUACUUCAUAAAGAUGUGGUAAAAAUGAUAAUUGCACAGCUUCCUUUAAAUAAAUUGUUGCUUGCUCUUGUAAAGCCUCAAGUGCACAGAGGGAUGUGACAAUGUUGUGUUUUCCAUUAAGUUGGACCUGUUUACACCUCCACCAACUAAUGUGAGACAUUGUCACAUCCCUUUAUAAACAAUGCAUGCCUUAUGUGUAACACUGUGUAUAGCAGAUCAACAUUUUGAAUCAAUGGCAGUUAAGAAUAUUGUUUGCCAUUUUACAGGAACUCACUGGUAAAUUUUUUUUUUAAUUAAGCCAUUGAAAUUUUCUUGAAAGCACAAUUUCCUCUUGAGGGUUUAGCCAUUUUUUUAAACUGUUACUGUGAAACUCUGGGCCUGUUGUGCUACAUGACAGCUUUACAAGAGCAUUGCCAGUUUUCCAAAUACACAGAGAUUCUCUGUGAGAAUGACCCAUACUGGGUGUGUUUGUAAAUCUAUUUGAAGCAGUAGUUCUGUACUGUGACUUUUGUUUAUAAAUGUUUAUAUAUGUAUUUUUUCUGUGGAUCAGAAAUGCUUCUGAUGUACUUCAAAGGAUUGUUUCUGCUUUCUAUUUGUUAUUAUUGUGUUCUUCUGUAAUUUAUACUCCAGUAUCUGGAUUGUUUAAUUCUGUGUUGUAAAUAUAUAUACAUAAAGAAUGCUUCUCAGGGAUCCUAAACCUGAUAUUGUUACCCUGGAGAUUCUUGUGGUAACCAUUCUUUGCUUUUAAUAAAGCAGCAUAUUUCCUGCCUGA